CUCUAAUGCAUUUUGGUAAACAUGUCAGCUCUAAGUGAAACAGUUCUCUAGAAGUUUAAAAGGUUUUCUUCUGUAUAUAUCUUCCGAGAUGAACGUCGAAGUAGAAAGCGCGAUAGCACGGAACACUCCGUGGUCGCGCGUAGCGCCAGCCGUACGCCAAGCGUUAGGAAACUCUGAGGCAGACUACGACAAGCAUGUCAUGCAAUAUUCUAUUCGAAAUCAACUAAAACACCGCGGAAACCUUGUGCGACGCAUCCAUCGAGACGAAAGGUCCUACUACGACACGCUGCUCGAGUAUUCCCGAAAACACCUGAUGCUCUACCCAUACCAUUUGAGCGAUUUUAUCGUCACUCAGAUGCGGGUUACACCUUUCCAGUACUACAUUUCUAUUAUGCAAGAUAUAAUGACGCAGGAAAAGAGUUACGAUUCGCUACCGAAUUUCACAGCAGCGGACGUACUGCGAUUGUUGGGUAUCGGGCGAAACCAGUAUAUUGAGCUAGUAAAUAUGUGCAAAUCUACUAAAAGUUUCUUUUCACUCAAAAAAAAGAAUCUUCGCUCCGUGCUUCCUCCAAAACCUAUUGAAAUUUCCAUAGAGCCUUGGUGGAUCAUUCAUCUCGGCUAUAUCACCGAAACUGACGUAAAGCUAGUUUCUGCUCCGGAAAAAUGUAUGAUCGAUCUUUUAAUCGACGAGGGACCUCAAAAAUGUGGCGAGCAUGACGUCGACGUAAUCAAAGCAUUGUACAUACGGGGGCUGGUCUAUCUUGAUGUCCCAAUAGACGACCACGAUUACAUAGCCGUACCACCACUGGAGGGUUUCGUGAUGAACUGCGUCUCGGGUGAUCCUCUUGAAAACCUUCUCUACAAGACCUUUGUGUCUUUAGAUGAACGGACACCGGUAAACGAGCUCAGUAGCGUAUUACAGGUCGAAGGACAGUUAAUCAAAAACGCAGUAUCUAUCUAUUGCCGGUUAGGAUUCGCGCAUAAAAAGAAUGUAAAGGACAAGGUUGACCUUCACCCAUCGUGGAAACCACAGAUCCCAUUACAACAGCCUCCAGGGGCAUCAGGAAAUGGCGGAAAUAAUACAAGUAGCUCGUCAGACGAUGUAGACGGCUUUAUCUGCGUUCUGCAUGACGAACUUGAACAGCAGUCAGACUCGUCCGUGGAGCAUGUGAGUAAUUCCGCCACGGGACGGGAUUCGCGUGAACGUGAUUCGGGUGGCACCCACAAAGAUACAUCGCCCGAGAGCAGUCCGUACACAACAAGCGGUUCGCUUCACCACGUGGACACCACAAAAGGUAAAAGAAUCGGAUUUCUCUUUGAUUCGACUCUAACGGCAUUCCUGAUGAUGGGCAAUUUGUCAUCCUCGCUCAAGUCACAUGCGGUCACCAUGUUUGAGGUUGGCAAGCUUUCCGACGAAAUACUCGAUUCAUUUAUCCUCGAGCUCGAUAAGGUUGAAGAGCAAACCGGUGAAGGUGACGCAGUUCGUUAUUAUGAACAUACCGUCGCGUUAUCGCAUACCGUCCGAUUUUUGCGCUACAAUAUUAGACUGUUCGACCCUCCGUUGCCACUCGAUCUUGUACGAUGUGAAGCUCUUCAAAACCUCGAUACUGACACGUGCCGAAGACUCCUCAACAAAAACUACAAUUUGCUGAUCUCAAUGGCGCCUCUGUCGAAGGAAGUUCGCCCAGUGACAGGUUGUUCUCCGUGUCAUCUGGGCCCACCUAUUCCCGAAGUGAACUCCCUGUGGUUUAAGUUGUUUCUUUAUAACUUAACUCGACAGGGUCCCACCUCGGUUCUACUUACACGAGGGAGCCGUCUUCGAAAACUACCCCGAGAGUUAUUGCCUUACGAGAAAAUCACGUUAACGAAUUGGGGUCACGAUCCUACGACCAUAGUGUCGGCGUCAAGCCUUCCAACCAUCAAUGAGUUUCUAACUUAUUCGGCCUCGAUGGUUCAAGCCUAUGAUCUGCAACAAGACAAAGCUUAUCUUCCAUUCCCGUUCGACUUGCAGAAGGAAGUUGAAGCUGGAAAUGAGCUGUACUCGUUGGAGUGUGUUCGAACACUUUACACGGAACUAGACUUAUCCCAUCAAUGUGGAUACAUCACGUUACUUUGUCCUCGAAACCGGGAUAGCGGACAAGUCAGUGGCAUAGGAGUAUCUUCCAGAACGAAUACUAGUAGUAAUAUAACAGAAUCAAGCACUGCUUCUUUGUCUGGACAUAAUGAAGUUGACCUUGGCCCGAACUUAAUUUCGGCGCAUCCAGAUACGCCAAGCACUUUCUCCAAUAGUAACAAACAGUGCGUGUCAGCUACAUCGGGUGGUCAUGUACUACUCGACUGCACGUUCGGUCUUCCGCUGUUUGACGCACAGCUCAACGAACGUGUGUGUCAGCGAAUCGUCGAAUUUGGUCUAUGCACAGAAGAUGCCAUGCGAAGGCUGACUCAAAGCUCGAGGAAGCUAGCGCUUAAGCUACUAGAAUUCAUCGAUCAACACCAUGGCGACUGCUCAUUGGAUCAGCAGAGCGAUAUGGUACCUCUCCCUACAGAAGGUCUUAUUUUCAGCGACGGAAUGCUGCGGACGCUGUAACGCACGAGUUGCCCAGUCCAGUUAUAACCUUCCCUUCCCCAAGCCUUUGUUGAUUUGUCUUUAACCCAUGGUCAUCACCUGUCGCCUCAAACGUGGCCUAUUUUUCGCCCCUUGCCAAUUUGUUGACCCGGAACACCGCCGAUUAAUUGAUUGUUAGCCAUCCUUGUCGAGUACAAAAAUAAAUCCAACAAUACACACGGCACACAUUUAUAUAUAAAUAGACAAAAAGCGUUUUACCGAAUGCGGCCUUCAUGCUAAUCUUUUUUGCGACAUUUUUUGCGUUUCCGUAAUUUAUGCCAAAAAUUGUCAUACUUGGAUAGCUUUCAGCUGAAAUCGGAUUAGUUAUUUAUAACUGUUUUAUUCCUGCUUGUAGAACAAAUAAUGCGAAAAAUGUCCGCAUUAUGUACAAAAUAUUGAAAUGAGCUUGGGCAAAGGUUGGAACAGAUAGAUAUGUACUUUUCAGAGCGUUACGGGUAUGUCAGAAAUCGCUACCGGUAGCCGCGUUGUACAGUGUUACCGCACGAUUACAGUGUUCACCGUCAUAAGUUUAACAAAUUCAGUCUAAGUAAGGUCGCAAAAGAGUUAGGGCUUACACUUUUUUAAUUUCUUCAUGCAACCUUCGUAUUUUAUUUGAUUUACUGCCUUAUUAGAUUUAUUAAUAAGGCAGCAUUUUUAGCUAUCGCUUGCCCUCAAACGUAUGCAUGCACUUGAAUGCUGUUAACACAUAAAUAUAUGGCUACAGCGUCUUUUACCUUUUUUUUUUUAAUUAUUUUGCAGCCAACCCGACGUAGAGAAAUUGUGAAUUAAAUAAUUAUGACUAAGUACAUCUAAAACAAAACAAUAAUCCUUACAACUGAUUCACCUGAACAUGCAUUUUUAUUUUCUGCGUAUUCUUCGCUGACCGCACAGUUAUGAUUGUGCUGACCAAAUCGAAAUCUUCCGACUUGAUUUUAAUAAGCUAUUAUAUGCUCUCGACGAUAUGGUUUUUACAACCACAUUAUCAUUUUACGACGUGACAUUCAAUAUGAUCGUAGAAUUAAGCGAUCUGAGAUAGUAUACACAGAACAGAACACAAUUUUUAACGUGACACACAUUCCACAAUGUAAGAAGUACAUCAGUAACAAGUGUUACUC